CAGCACGAAUACGCUUGUAUGUUUCCUUCACCAAAUGAUUUGUUGGAGUACACGGUUCUUAAUAGUCUGUGGGUAUGUUGUGUUUUGGCUUUAGGCGUACUGCACUUGCAGAGAUACACCAGUCAUUACAUCCUCUUAGUGCAUUCACAUGAUCUGCAACUCUGAUUAGUGUUUUAAUCCGGUGAACAUUGGUUUCCUCGCUUGACUGUGACUUCCAUAUGGCUGACAGGCGUUAUCGAUUUGACUGUGGCUCAGCUGAUAUUGUAGCACUGAGUGCCUUAACUCACAUGGAAACAUUAGUUCAAGCUUCAUGAUGUUCUCUCAGUUAUGAUAUUGAUGAGAGGCGGCAAUACAGAAGGCCUAAUACAAAUAGUUGCAUACUGUGGCUCGGUAGCGACAAUUACCAUCGCGUGCACUGUAUUUAUCUGUCGUUCACAUACGUAUCAGAAGGGGAGCAUCAUUGUUGCAGUGAUUUACGUUAGUCAGUAGCUACUCUCACACGUGGUGUACGGCGGUGCAGACUAUGGUUUCUCAUUGCGUACUGUGGAUACCUGAUUUGCUGUGUUGCGGACGUGCCAUAAUAUUCCAUCCGCUCACGAUAACGGGAAAGCCGUUCGGCUGCAUGCACCUGCUGUUUGGUAGGAAUGCAUCCAUAAAUUUGUGAAGACGGUCGCCACUUGUAACUCUGAUUUCUCCGAGAUAUUUCUUCUGAUCGAUGUUUUCCUGUUUUUUGGUGAUUGGUUGGUGCUUUACCUACAAAGCCCAGUGGUACUGUUGAAGGUGUUGGUGAUCGUGAAAAGAUAAACUGCAUUAAUUCAUCAGAUUGGCCAUACACAUUGGAGCUCUCAUGCAGAUAUCCUCUACUUUGGGUUUUCACUUCAACACAUGGAGAGCAUUCUCUCGGUGGUGGACUAAGUAAAUUGACAAAAUCCCUCAUUGUUUUAUCGCUGUCUUCUAAACUCACAUCUUUAGACCCGUCUCUGCUAACUGGCCCAUGCAGACAACCGGACUGAGUUCUGGCAACGCUAGAUUGACUGCGCCCAACACCUCGGGUAGCACAUAGCAGUUGUUCAUGCAUCGAACACAAAUAUUCCACAUACGUAUUGGUAUCCCAACUUUUAUGUCGGUUAUAGAAAUGAUACAUAUUACUUAGGAGACAUCAGCCGUGACGCGAGGUCAACGGUGGCGCACACGGCACAUUCAAACGAAUCUAAUGUCACAUCGAUCGAAUGCCACGAGACGGAUUGAAUCCACCUGAUGCAGCGUCAUCUCGGCUGGCUGGCACGUAACAAGCUUUUUCGUUUGAGCUUGCGAAAUGAUUUCGCCAGACCAAGUGAGAGCACUUUGUCGUUAGCGGACAAAUUUUCUCAAGUAUGCACCGACAUCGCUUCUAUUUUAUCUUUCAACUCCACGGUUUACGAGAAUUAUCUCAAUGCAGUUUCCAUUCAAUACACGCGACGGAACUUUCGUUCUGGCCUCAAGUUACUAUUCUUCACCAUCUGGGGGGCCUUGUUCACUACGUCGUUAAAUACUGGCCGUUUCGACGUAACGACAAUGGACAUACUUGCUUUUGCAUUGCUUAGCGUGGUAUUCGUCUACUUGUACACGUAUAAUCAGUACAGUCACUUGUGGUAUUCCCGUUAUUCAUGCGUACUGCUCACUAUGUCAUUUACAGCUGCCAUUAUACACUUCUCGAACGUUCUUGUUCGGUGGACAUCUAUUGUUCCAUAUUUGAAAUUACUCAUCUCUCUCUGUAUCAUCUUACCGGUUAGACUGGAUUUAACCUUGUCACUAAUCAUCAUGUUCUCCAUCGCAUUCGUGGCGAUUAGCCAUCGUCAGCAUCAAUUCAUCAACUGCUCUGGUAUCACCAACGCGAGUAUCUACGAUAACAACCUUUUAUAUCAUGUACUCAUUAGCAAACACGAUUGCAACACAUUGAAGAAAGUUACUCCCGACAUGAUUUUGCAAUUUAUCAUUUGCUCGGUGGUCAUCACUUCCGGGAUGCAUUUGCAGUUUUGGAAUGCAGUGAGACGACGCGCGGCUUUUAUCUACAUUGGUCAAGCGGUACAUUUGCAAAAACGAAUUCGCAAAGCGCAAGCAAUCCAAGACAGUCUGCUACGUGUACUGAUGCCACAAGCGAUUUGGCAAAAAUACUGGAGCCGAGAACAAUCACGCCCAUCGUUUGGUAAACGCCAGUACUAUAUACAGCCUAAUGUAAGCGUCACUUUUGUGGUGGUUGAACUGGUCAAUUUCCGGGAGUUGAGUGCCAAUGGCGAUAUGCAACGGCUGAUGCAAAUAUUGUCUGACAUGUUGGAUUAUUUUGACUUGAAAGCGGAAGAGUACAAUUGCAAUCGCCUGAGUGCGUAUGCAGACUCUUACGUGUACACAGGCGGUGUGAUCAAAACCCGCCUGAAUCACGCAAGGACAUGUGUGGAUUUUGCUCUGGAGCUGAGCCGAGUGAACGAGCACUUGACACUAGAAGGGAAUGCGCUUGUCCUACUACGCACGGGAAUACACACGGGAUCAGCCACUGUUAUUGUCUGGGGAUGCAAAAAGGUGCAUUAUGACUUACUGGGUCGAGACUUGCUUCUUGCACAUCAUGUGAAAGACUCAUCUCCACCCGGUUACGUGACUAUUUCCGAGACAACGCAUGAACACGUGUUUUCGAAUUAUCCAGUAGACCCCGGGAGCCGGCUAGUUGUGCAAAUGGAAACGGUAAUAAACGGUAGACGUCAGAUGGGAUCCACCAUACUGCAAACCUACCACGUUCGCCAAACGGCCACAGUAAUUUCGUUGCUAAGCGAUUCGACUAUACUCAAGUCAGAGUUGGGCCUGUUCGGGCACUGUGUCCGACUGAUUGAACAAUUUCGUUCAAGCCGAUCGCGACAGGCAACGUUACUGAGUCAGGAAUUUGCAUCAGAUCCGCUCCCUACAUCACCAGCAGUUGGUCGAAGAACCGUUUUCAGCAUUUCACCCGGUGUGAGGGAAUCGCCAGUACGCAUGGUUGACACGACGGUUUCUCGAUGGAAUCGAGACAAGGCCAGCAGCACCGAAUCAGGUAAACCCUAUCAGCUAGACGCAGAAGUUCUCCGCCUCGUCACGGAACUGCGGGCUGAUCCUAAACGACAAAUUACACUAAUGCAAUAUUUGCCAAUUGGCCAUUGGACAAAUGUUUUCCUUAACAAAGAAUUGGAAUGGCACUACGUUAACCAUGUGCGUGAUCCAACUCAUCCAAUUUAUAUCGAUUCGCUGAAGCUGGCCCCGGCGUUGGAUGCGUUGGUUCUUCUGCUUAGCGCUAUCUUGCUACUUGCUUGUUCCUAUUUGUUCACCAAGCACCUUACAAUAGCACAUAUAUUUCACUACCUUUACACUGCGGAGGCAGUCUUUGCACUUCUCCUGACUGUAAGCAUAGUUUGGACCUCGACACGAUUUAACGUCUCCGGCGGGUCGCAAACUGUCCGUCGCCUGUUCGGAUUGCUGAGCAAAAGCUUUUUCGGUCACUUGUUUAUGUUUAUACUCAUAAUAAUGCCAACGAUUCAUACGAUGCUUUAUGCUUUUUUGUGCAAAUCUCUCAAGGAACACAGGGACACUUUUCAUAGCGCUGUCGUAAGCUUUCAGUUGACCGGUAUGGUAAACCACAUGACAAGUACCACCUCACCACAGUGGCUCAGCGCUUCUGGUCUCCUGUUCAGCACAGUGUGCUUCAUUGCCGUCCACCAGUAUUUCGUGCAGCCCAAAGUGAUUAACAACACAAUUAUCAAUCCCAAUUUAUCUCUUCGCCUCACAGAAAUGCAAAUGAUCGAUUGUAUUAUCGACGCUUGCCUAAAUGUCGUCUUGGUUUGGCUAAUGUUGAACAUAAACGACCGUAACUGCCGGCUAAAUUUCAUUUGUAUGCGUGAGUUGCAAAUCUGUCGUCAGGAGUCGGAGUUGCAUUUCGGCAAAAUGCGUGAGACAAUGGCAUACGUGCUUCCGGCGCACAUGGUCAGACAACUGAUCGGGGAACCAUGCCGCAAUGUUCAGGCCACACUACGGCGCUUCAAUACCACAGUGCACAAUGUGGCCGUUGGAGUACUGUACUUCUCCAAUUUGUACUCCACUCACACACCACUGGGACAUGAGCGGUGGGUGGAAUCGCUGAAAAUACUCAAUGUGGCUAUCUGCGCUUUCGACGAAUUGCUUGCCACUCCUCGAUUCAGCGAGUUGGAUAGAGUACGAUUUGUCAACGAUCAAAUGGUGAUGACAAGUGGCCUUGAUCAAACUGCUGGCUGGGACGAGUUGGAGACGUUCCACUUAGAUGAGCUGUUGGAGUUCGGUAUCGAGAUCAAACGUCGAAUGACUGGUAUUAACAAGCAAUACUUGCCGGAAAAAUUACAAUUGCAUCUAAAUUUUGGUGUGACCCGGGGCACCGUUAAGACGGGUGUAAUUGGUAUGAUCAAGCCAGUGUUCGCCGUCUGGGGUCCAGCGGUGCAAUUGGCCGAAACAGUGGCACGUGCCGGAUAUCCGAACGAGGUGUUGGCGACUAGUAACUGUACAAAGCAUUUGGCAACGAUGUACGAAGUGAUUUUUAGCGGUGUCAUUGCUGCUGGAGAUUCUGGUCUGAUUGAUACGUAUAUUGUGAGGUCUCUGCGCUAAAUGGACGCGAUCGCUCGUUGGACAAGCUAUUUUUGUAAUUUUUCACGUGAUUUUCCUUAUAUACACGUUCAAACUUGCAUG